AAAGCACCAAUAAGGACAAAAGAUUGACUUCGUCAGCACCAUUGCCCCCUUUUUCCAAUAAUUCACCUUUAGGUGGGUCUUUCGUUGACGUUGAGGCAAACCUUUUUCUUUUUUUCUUUGGACACAUUUUGGGUUCUUCUUAAGAAGAUAUAAUGGAGAUACCAGAUGAAUAAGACAUGGUCAGUACUGGUCAGAGAAUGACAUUUUCUGUCUUCUUCUAUAUGUUUCUGCUGCAUGUUUGUCGAUCAGAUUGCUUUGUUGCAGUUCAAGACUCGAAAACAUUGUUCAAAGGUUCAACAUUGAUCAAUGACAGCCACGGAGACACUCUUGUUUCAGCUGGUCAGAGAUUCGAGCUUGGGUUCUUCACUCCUAAUGGAAGCUCUGAUGAAAGAAGGUACUUAGGGAUAUGGUUUUACGAUUUACAUCCACUGACUGUUGUCUGGGUUGCAAAUCGUGAAUCUCCGGUUCUUGACCUUUCCAGCAUUUUCGCCAUCUCUAUAGAUGGCAAUCUUGAAGUCAUUGAUUCAAAGGGAAGAGUGUAUUGGAACUCCAAUGUUCAACCUUCCCCAGUCUCUGCGCAGAGAACGGUGAAGCUGAUGGAUAAUGGUAAUCUUGUGUUGAUGAGAGAUGGAGAGGAAGCAAAUGUGGUUUGGCAAAGUUUUCAGAAUCCUACCGAUACGUUUCUCCCAGGGAUGAGCAUGGAUGAAAACAUGACUUUAUCAUCAUGGAGGAGCUUCAACGAUCCAUCACCUGGAAAUUUCACCUUUGAGAUGGAUCAAGAAGAAGACAAGCAGUUCAUCAUUUGGAAAAGAUCAAUGAGAUACUGGAAAUCAGGAAUUUCAGGUAAAUUCAUCGGAUCCGACGAGAUGCCUUAUGCAAUUUCUUACUUUCUUUCCAAUUUCACAGAGACUGUGACUGUGCACAAUGCCUCUGUGCCUCCUCUCUUUACAUCUUUGUAUACCAAUACAAGGUUUACCAUGAGCUCCUCUGGUCAAGCUCAGUACUUCAGCUUAGACGGAGGAAAGUUCUGGGCACAGAUUUGGGCUGAGCCUAGAGAUGAAUGUAGUGUCUACAAUGCUUGUGGAAUUUUUGGUAGCUGUAACAGCAAGAACGAGGAAAUGUGCAAGUGUUUGCCAGGUUUUAGGCCUAAUUUCUUGGAGAAAUGGGUCAUGGGAGAUUUUUCUGGUGGAUGUUCAAGAGAGUCAAGGAUAUGUGGUAAAGACGGUGUUAUGGUGGGGGACAUGUUCUUGAAUCUGAGUGUGGUUGAAGUAGGAAGUCCUGAUUCACAAUUCGAUGCACAUAAUGAAAAAGAGUGCAGAGCAGAGUGUUUGAACAAUUGCCAAUGCCAAGCUUACUCAUAUGAGGAAGUUGAUACACUUCAAAGCAAUACCAAGUGCUGGAUUUGGUUGGAAGAUCUCAACAAUCUCAAGGAAGGCUAUUUAGGUAGCCGCAAUGUAUUCAUUCGCGUUGCAGUUCCCGAUAUAGAGUCGACCAGUAGAGAUUGUGUGACCUGUGGCACAAAUAUUAUUCCUUAUCCUUUGAGCACGGCUCCUGGAUGUGGCGACAGUAGCUACCUUAGUUUCAACUGCAAUAUGUCGACUGGUCAAGUCAUUUUCAAAGGAUCUAACAGCUCAUACAAUGUUACAAGUAUCAAACCAGAUACUCACAGAUUCUUAAUCAAAAGUAAAGAUGCAGUAGUAAACUGCACAACUGAAAAUCAUAUGGGGAGAAUAUCAGAGUUAAAGCUAUCUUCGCCUUUUCAUCUCACGGAGAAGUGCAAUGCAGACAUGGUUACUGGUGGAACUGAAGUGGAGAUUCGUUGGGAUCCUCCGCUUGAGCCAACUUGUUCUUUAUCUGUAGACUGUAAAGACUGGCCUAAUUCAUCUUGCAGUAAAUCUGGAGACGGGAAGAAGAGGUGCUUCUGCAAUCAUGAUUUUAAGUGGGAUGGAUUCAAUUUAAACUGCACUCAAGAACGAGCUCGUGGAAGAGACGGGGAAGCUAAAACACCGGUGGUUUUGAUCGUUGUGGUGACUUUUACAAGUGCAGCCAUUCUGGUUGUUCUAUCAAGCACUCAAAACUGUGAAGCAAAGAUCAAACUGCANGCAACAUCCAACUUCUCAAAUGCAAACAAGCUAGGCCAAGGAGGGUUUGGACCAGUUUAUAAGGGAAUUUUUCCUGGAGAUCAAGAGAUUGCUGUGAAGAGGCUAUCUCGCUGCUCCGGUCAAGGACUGGAGGAAUUCAAGAAUGAAGUGGUUUUGAUUGCCAAGCUACAACACCGGAAUCUUGUUCGACUUCUUGGUUACUGUGUUGCUGAAGAAGAAAAACUGUUACUGUAUGAGUACAUGCCACACAAAAGCUUAGACUUCUUCAUUUUUGACCGGAAGCUGUGCCAGCGAUUAGAUUGGAAGAUGCGGUAUAAUAUCAUUUUAGGAAUCGCCCGGGGACUUCUUUAUCUACAUCAAGACUCUAGACUGAGAAUCAUCCACAGGGAUCUGAAAACAAGCAACAUUCUGUUAGAUGAGGAGAUGAAUCCCAAGAUUUCUGACUUUGGGUUGGCUAGAAUAUUUGGAGGCAGUGAAACUUCAGCCAAUACUAAUCGAGUUGUUGGAACCUAUGGAUACAUGUCUCCGGAGUAUGCUCUAGAAGGUCUUUUCUCAUUCAAAUCAGAUGUAUUUAGUUUCGGCGUGGUUGUGAUUGAAACUAUCAGCGGGAAGCGUAACACCGGGUUUUAUGAACCUGAGAAAUCUUUAAGCCUUCUAGGCCAUGCGUGGGAUCUCUGGAAAGCGGAAAGAGGGAUUGAGUUAUUGGAUCAUGCUUUACAAGAAACGUGCGAAAGCGAGGAAUUCUUGAAGUGCUUGAACGUAGGACUGCUUUGUGUACAAGAAGAUCCUAGUGAGCGUCCUUCAAUGUCAAAUGUUGUUUUCAUGCUCGGAAGCAGCGAAGCUGCUACUCUUCCAAAUCCAAGACCACCGGCUUUUGUCCUUAGACGUUGCCCUUCAUCAAGCAAAGCUUCUUCAUCUACCAAGCCAGAAACUUGCUCUGAAAAUGAGCUGACUAUAACUCUUGAAGAUGGAAGAUAAUAAUAGCUACUUUUUUUUUUGUAUUUAUUGUCAAUAAGCAUAAGAUUUCAAAAGAAAAAAACUGUAAUAGCUAAUGACCUGAGUCCUGAAACAUAGAUUAUGCAGAAACUGUCAUUGGAAUGAGAUUUUGGCUUUAGAAGAAGCCAUGGAGAA